CAACUUCUCCCUCCUUGUUCCCCUGUUCUGUCUCUUCCUCUCACUUCUCACUUCUCACUUCUCACUUCUCACUUCACUUCCAACUUCACUUAACUUGCUCUCUCUCUCUCUCUCUCUCUCUCCACCAUGAAACCACUACCACCACCGCCGUUCGUCCUCUUUCACCUCUUCCUCUUAUGCACCGCCUCCUCCGCCGCCACCACUGUUAAUGCUACCAAACCAGCCACCCCCACAACCCCUACACUCUCCCCUACUCCCUCUCCCACAUCCUCCCCAACUCCACCCACCACCACAACUCCCUCUUCCUCCCGCUCAACUCUAGAUCCCAAACAGAUAGAAGCACUCCAAUCCCUCGACAUCCCCACCACAAGAGACCCUUGCAUCCAACCUUCCCCUCACAACGCCACCAUCUGUGACAGCUCCAAGCCCUUCCGCCACCUCAUCUCCCUCCACCUCUCCAACUGCUCCACGGACCUUUCCCUCUCCUUCACAGCUCUCAAGUCCCUAUCUUCCCUCCGCUCUCUAUCCUUCACCAACUGCCACGCUUCCCCCAUCCGUUUCCCUUCCGAUCUCUCUCUCUCCCUCACUUCCUUCUCCUGCAUUCGCUCUCUCCGUCGCCUCUCCGGGGUCUGGCUCUCACGUUUCGUUAACCUCACUGAUCUCACAGUUUCCUAUACUCCAGUUAACACCAGCGGCCUUUAUGUAAUCAUUGGAAACAUGCAUAAGCUGAAGACAGUCACCAUUUCUCAUGCUAAUCUUACAGGCUAUCUUCCAAGGCACGUGCAUCUGAAUCUGACUCAUGUUGAUUUAUCUGAUAACAAGCUCAAAGGAAGGAUACCAACUUCCCUUACACUUCUUGAAGAUCUUGAGUACUUGAAUCUUUCUUCAAAUGGGCUAAAUGGAGAGAUUCCCACUGAGUUUGGUGACUUGAUAUCGUUAAAGAAUCUAUCUUUGGCUUCCAAUUCGUUUUCUGGGCCAAUCCCAGAUUCCAUGUCAGCUAUUCCAGGUUUGGUUCAUGUUGAUCUGAGUAAUAACCAGCUGAAUGGGACUGUUCCGAGGUUUUUCACAGAAUUGAAAGGGUUGAAAGUCUUGAAUCUUGAGAACAAUGAGUUGCAUGGGGUUUUGCCUUUCAAUGCUAGUUUUAUAAAGAGAUUGGCUGUUUUCAAGGUUGGUGGGAAUGACAAUUUGUGUUACAAUCAUUCUGUUUUGUCAUCAAAAAUGAAGCUUGGAAUUGCUCCCUGUGAUAAGCAUGGGUUGCCGCUGUCUCCCCCGCCUUCUAAGGAGUCUUCUGGAGAUAGUGAAAAUGACUCUUCAGAUUAUGAUGAUGAUGGAGAUGAUUCAAGUGAAAAGAAGGAGCACCAUCACGGGCCAAGUAAGGUUGUUCUUGGUGUUGCAAUUGGGCUUUCUUCAAUAGUUUUCCUUAUUGUUUUCUUGAUUCUUCUCUCAAAAUGGUGUGGUUGAAGAAUAAAGUCCAUUUGAUUAUUGGUUAGGUUUUAGAGUAGGGGAAAUCGGUAAUUAGAGUUUCCAUUUAUUUAUUAUUGAUAUUUGAUACACUUGAUUUAUGAAAAAGGGGUAGCUAUAGGUGGAAUUUUGGGAAAAAGGAAAAAAGGAGGCAAAGGAAUCAUUGAACUGGUGUGUUAUUUUUUGCUGCUGAUCUUUUGGUCAUUGAAUGGUUAAAAGAGCAGUGUUUUUCAUAUAUUUUUGGUAUGAGGUGUGGGCAAUGUGAGGUUCAUUAGGAGCUGCUGAUGCUUUAGAGGAAAAAAGUGAUUAAUGUGUCACUUUUUUUUCCUCAAAAAUAUGUAUUCUUCUUGAUCUUCAAGCAUUUGCUUUUUGACACCAUUUUUUAAUUUUAUCCUUUCUGGUCAUUCUUGAUGUUUUACUUUGGCUCAACGUGUUGUUAUCGAACUAUGCUUAUUAAGAGUAAAUAAAAAUUUUGCAGA